AUGCAAAAGAAAAAGCAUAUGAAUAAAAAGAAGAGACAUAUAAAAUCUGUGUCAAAAUUUCAUUGCAACCAUAUGCAAGAUUUAUUACUUAAGGAAAUAUAUGAAGGUUAUAAUGAUGAAAACAAUGACAAUGUUUAUUUAGAAAAAAAAAGGCGAAAAAAGAAAAAAACGCAAAAUAAAUAUGUAGAACGAUUGAAAAGUUUAUACAGUGAAGUUAAAUUAGAAAAGUGUUUAAAAUAUGGUUUGCAAAAUAUAAAAAAAAUAAAAAAGAAAAAUUAUGCAGCCAAAAUAAUUUUUCUGAAAAUAAUAGGGAAUUGUUAUUUCUAUUUUGAGAAUUAUAAAUCCAGUUCUUUGACAUAUAUAUUAUUGUCAAAAUAUAUGAAAAGAAUUGUAAACAAAAAUAAAAUAGAAAUAUUUUAUAAUGCCGGUGUAAUAUUCACGAAAUACUUUUUACAAACAAAUAAUGUGUCUUAUUAUUUAAGUGCAAAAUCAUGUUUUAAUUAUUCUUUAUUAUAUAAUGAUAAAGAAAGUACGCGCUUUAAUGAACUUAUAUACAAUAAUAUUCGACGCAUAUUUAAGAAGUAUUUUAUAACUGACAUGACUAAGAAUAUUAUACAAGGAUAUAAAAAAGAAACAAAUACCAACAACAGUAAUAAUAAAGAAAUUAGUGAUUUGUAUAACAGUAUUCAUGAUAAAAACAAUACUCAUUCAUAUUUGCCCUUAUAUAGUGGAGAAAAAUGGAAUGAAUAUAAUUUUUUAGAUACAGAUUUUCCUCUAUGCUUAUAUAAUAGCAUUGUGUUUACCGCUGAUGUGUUUAAUUUGCCAAAAAAUAAGAAAAAAACGUAUCAUCGUAAAAUAAUGAAAGAGCAAACUUGGUAUUUUAAUAAAACAAACAAAUUUAUUGUGAAAAAUAGUUUUGAGGGUAUGUAUGAGCAAAACGGUAUGCAUGGAUACUAUAAUGAUAGUAAAAAAAAUUGUAUAAUAAGAAGGAAUCCACAAAAUAACGUGAAACAUUCAUAUAAUGAUAAUUCGUUAGAACCAUUAUCUUUUUUAUGUAAUGGUAAAAAUAAAAAACUCAGCAUGAAUGUAUACAAUAAUAAAUAUAUAGAUUCUUUAAAAAAUAGUAAUUUAAAUGAUAAAAUAUUUAAUAAUGCAAGUGAUACUUCUAGUGAUAUAGAAUCUGGAAAAGACAAUUUUACAAAUAAAUAUAAUUCGAAUAUAAAGUACAAUAAUAUUAGAGAAAAAUAUUCAGGAAAUGUGUCUUCAGAUUAUGAUGUUAUAUACAAGGGAAAUAAUUUAUUUUACAACCAUAAUUUAGGGGGAAUUAACAAUUUGAGCGUAGGAAAGAAUAUGAAAAAAAUAUAUAAAGGAUAUAAGAUGAGUUUAAUAGAUGAAUAUUCCGAUGUUAUAAAUAAUAAAAAUAAGGACAUUGGAAUAAUAAAAGUUCCCAAAAAUAAAUCAUUUGUGGAUUUUUUUCGAAGCAUGUAUGAAGCAUCUUUGAAAAAUAAAUUUGAUGUUGUUCUUAAAUUUUACGAUGAGCCUGAAGAUGAAUUAAAUUGGAUGAGUAAAAAUGGAUCAAAUUCUGGAAUAAAAAGGGGAAGAAAACGGAAAGACGAAAAAGAAAAUUAUAUGAAAACGCUAGGGGAUGAUAUUCAUGAUGUACCUAUUGAAUAUAAUAAUGGAAAAAAUAUGAGUUCAUGGGAGUCGGAAAAAAAAAAUUACACCGAUUCGUGUAGUGAGGAAAUAGAUUCGAUUGUAAUUAAUAGGAAUGAUAGCUUAUGUAACUAUAAUAACUUUCAGAAAGGUUUUCAAAGAAAUAUGACAAAUAUUUAUGAUAAUAAUAUUUUGAAUAGAAAAAAUGAAAAUGUGAUAAAAGGAAAUAACGGUUAUAAUGAAUUUGUUCACCUUAUGAAUUUAUAUAAAGAAAUAAAAAACGAAAUUAAUUAUAUUCGGUGUAAUUAUAAUACCAUGGACAAUAAUUUUAAUGACAAAAAAGAAAUAGAGGAAAUAAUUGUAAAUAAUAUUAAUAAAUUCAAUAAAAAAAGAAUAAGAGACAAGGUGAAAAAAUUAAGUCUUUAUAAUAAUUAUACGCUCUCUGAUGCUGCCGAUAAAAUGAUAGAUAAUAUCAACAGUCUAUUUGUUAUAAAAAAUUAUUCAAAAUUUUUAAAAAGUAUAAAAAAAAAUAACAACAUUAGUCAUAUAUAUUAUUUAUAUGAAAAUAUGUAUGGAAUAGAUAAAUUUGAUCAUAUUAACAGUAGUAAUAUAUUUAAUAUAUCUCAUUUUAUUAUCGAUAUAUUUUUAUUAAAAAAUAUUAAGGAAAAGGAUUAUUUAAAAAAAAAAAUAAAAAAAUUAAAGUAUUCAUUUAAAAACAUUUUUCAAUUUAAUAGUUUACCUGUACAUUUGAAAAAUAUCAUUAAUGAUUUAUCUACACACAAUAGUAAACAAAUUAAAAAAAAUGAAACUGUAGAUAAUAUAUAUAUUCAAAGUUUACUGAAAAAAAGGAAAAAAGAAACAGAUAUAAAAAAUGUUUCGAGUGAUUGUAAUGAUGGAAAUAGUAAUAAUUCUAAAAAGGGUGUAUCAAAAGUAAAUGAAAAUAGUUAUAUGGGCAAUAUCAAAAAAAAAAAAAAAAAUUUUAAGAGUGGUAUGAUGAAUGAUAGUAACAAAACUAAUGAAAAUAAUCUAAAAUAUUACUUGAAUAACAAAUCUGAAAUUGAGAAUGAAUUACAACUAAUUAUAGAAAAGAGGAAAGAUGGAAAUUCAGUAAAUCAUAGUAUUGAAAUAAGCGAGCAAGUUAUUAAUAUAGAAAAUGAGCAUAAUAAUAUUAAUUGGGAUGAUAAAAAUAUUUUAAGAAAUGAUUUGGAAAGCCUUUCAAGUAGUUCCACUGGUGAAUCCCAUUUUAACAAAAUUCCUAAAGUAUCAUAUAAUUACAAUAUGGAAAGAGAGAAAUUAUAUAUUGAUAUGAGAAAAGAAAAUAAUGAUAUGUUUGAUGAUAUAAUAGAUUUUUAUGAAUUUUUUAAUUCAUCAAAUGUUAGUUAUUUUACUAAGCAUCGAAUUGAAGAGAUUACAUUGAUAUUAUUUUAUCAUUAUUGUAAUAAUAAUUAUGGUUUUAUGCUAAAGGAUUUUUUGCUAAAAAUAUUUAUUUUUUUUACAUACAAUAAUAUUAUAAAUAAAAAAAAUAUUCAUGAAUAUCCAAGUUUUAUAAAAUUAUAUGGUUUAUAUUUAUCUAGUAUUAAUUGUGACCCCAUAAAGCACUUUUAUCACAAUAUUGAAAGGGAUACAGAAGAAAUAAAUAAUUUUAGAGAAAUACAUAAAAAAUACCGAGAACAAAAAAGUAUAAAUUUUACUUAUGGAAAUGAUUGGACAUCUACUGAUGAAAGUGAACUAAAAUCUGAUGAUUAUAUAAGCGUAAUAUAUUGCCAUUUAUGUAUGCUACAAUUAUUAUAUAAAUGUUAUUUAAAGAAAUUACACAAAUAUACAUAUUUUCCUAAUAUGAAUUUAGAAAAUAUUAUAAAUAAUACUUUUGAAAUUUUAAAUUGCCUAUUAAUUAGACAUAGCUAUAAUAAACAAAUUGGAGAAAUAAAAUCACACGUUUUAAUUAUUUUUUUACAAUUUUUAUAUAUUAAUUCAAAAUAUUAUUUUAAAAAUGUUACAUUUUUUCUUAAUAAAUAUGAUAUUAACUAUUUAGUAAAGAGUGAGCAAAAUAAUUUCUAUAGUGCUAAUACGGAGGAAAUUGAUAAGUUUGUUAUUUAUAAAGACAUCGCAGAGACUGUGCCUGGCAAUGAUGGAACUGACAUUGGACAAGAGAUAUCUGAAGAGACAGUUGGGUCGAUCAGAUGCGAAGAUGAACUAGAAAAUGAAAAAGACGCAGAGGAGAAACAAGAAGUAGAAGCAGAGAAUGAAACCGAAGAGGAAAAAGAAAUAGAAGAAGAGGAAGAAAUAGAAUCAAAACAAGAAAUCGAAGAGGAUGAAGAAGAGACGGAAAAGGAAGAAAGUAGAGGAGAAGAUAGCCAGAUGGAAAACAAUAUAUGCGAAGAAAAUGGCAUAGAAGAUGAUGAGGAGGGCUAUAAUAAUUCAGGAAGUGGUGAUAAAAACAGAGAAGAAUCUAAUGAUAUAAAUGAAAAGAAUAGUAGUAAUUCGAGAAGUAUUGAUGAGGGUAAUAAUAGAAGUAGUGACGAAUAUAUUGAUGACCAAAAUGGAAAGAGGGACAAUGAAAGGAGCGAAAAAGGGACGGAUUAUAAAAUCAUGAAUCAAAUUGAAAACCGAAGUGAAAAAAUAAGUAGCACUAGAAGUAGCUCGAAAAGUGAUGAGGAGAACAGUGGAAGAAGUAGUGAAUUUAGUAGUAACGAAAUGAGCUAUUAUAUUAAAGAAGCAAAUAGUUACAGCAAUGAGGCUAGCAAAAGCAACGAAGUAAGCAAUAGUAGUAGUGUGCUAAGUGUAGAAAGAAAUACAAUAAAUUGUGAUAGUAGCGAACAUGUCUAUAAUAAAGAUUUUGCAAAAGAGAACAUUAUUAUGGAUAAUAUGAAUUAUGAAAUGACAAAAUUUGAAAAAUUUCAAAAGUUCAUAACACGGCUUGAUGAAAAUAUAAAUAUAACAUUUUCGUCGUUUUUAAAAUGCUAUAAUAAAUGUUUUUUAAUAUUAAAUUUAGGCAUUCACCAACAUGAGAUAUUAAGGAAAAUAAUACGUCGAAAAAUAAAAAAGAUAAAAAACUAUUGUAAUAGUUUAUAUAGUAUAUUAAAAAUAAAGAAGUUACCAAUUAACAAUAAUUAUAAUUUUGUACUUGAUGAAAUAAAUUAUAAUCUGCUUAAUAAAAAUAUUUUUUCAAAACCAUCUUUUUUUAAAGUUUUAAAAGAAGACAAAUAUGUUUUUGAAUUGUAUAAAUAUGACAGCAGUAAUUUAAGAAAUAUGUAUGAAGAGAAUAAAAAUAAAUAUGGCAAUGGAAACCGUAAAUAUAUCCCAGAUGAAAAUAAUUUGUUUAAAAUAUUACUAUUAUAUAAAAAUACAAAAAGGGAUAAAUACAUGAGAAAAAAAGUAAGUAUUGCUAAGAAGCGUUAUAUCGUAUUAUUGAACUCUUAUGAAUAUAUUAAAAAAUUGAUAUGCAAUGAAUUAAAAAAAAAUGAUAUUUUAAAUUUAUAUAAAAGAGCUAAAUCAAUUGAUGAAAACUUUAAUUCAAGCAUUGAUUAUCUCCAUUCCUUAUUCGAUUCGCGUUUGUGUUUUCUAUUUUUGAGUUAUGAGCUUCAAAAUGUUAUCAUUGAUUUUUUGAAAGACUCUAUAGAUUUUAUAAUUUCUGGUGUUGAAAAAGAUGCUGAAGUAGAUGAAUUUAGAAAAGUAAGAAAAAUAUGUGUAUCUAAGGGAAUACAUAAGGAUAAGUAUAAAAGAAAUCGAACUGAUAAUAUUAUGCGUUUUUUUUUGGUUAAAAAAAUUAUGAAAAUUUACAAUAUAAUAUUUUCAUUUUUUUAUUUACGCCUUAAUUCAUUUUUAAAACAUAACGCAAAUAAGUUAUACAAAAUUAUUGGGAAACGGGUGGAAAAUGUUUUUUCUUAUGAUGACAAAGAUACUUGGAACACUUUGAACAUGUUCAAUUUUAUAAAUUAUAGGUAUGGAUGUUCAUACAAUUUUUUAAAUGAAAUUUUUACUUCAUUCCAUAUUUUUGUAAAUAAUUUGAUAAAAGUUGAUGUAUAUAUUCAAUUAGACAAAAAAUUAAUAGGAAAAAAAAAAAGCGUUAAGAAAAAAUAUAAUUUGUAUAAUUAUCAUCCUGGUGAUAAUGAUGCAUACAAAAAUAUGAAGACAGCGCCUAUGGAUUAUAACGAAAUACCGAAAUACCCCAAAAUGAGAAAGAAUAGCUGCAGAAGUAAUAUGUGUGAAAAAAACAAAAUAAAUGGUGUUUAUUUUAACAAGAAUAGAAUAUAUAAAAUAAUAAAUGAAGUGAAGAAAAAUGUGACAAUAGGAGGAAAGUUCAAAAUUAAAAAUGAUAUAUUAGAGAAAAAAAUUGGAACAAAAAUAAACAAAUAUUUCGGUUUUUUUAUUAAAAAUAAAAAUUUGAAAAAAAAAGUUAUGAACAAAUUUGACAAUACAUAUAGAGCACAUGAAUUAUAUGUGAAGCCAAAAAAUAAUAAACCAAAUAAUAACAACUAUACUUCAUUUGAUUUUGUAGAAAAUGCUGUUAGUUAUAUGAAUAACGCAUAUAAUAACAACAAAAAUGUGAAUAUUCAAAAAAAAAAAAUCAUGAUUAAAAAAAGCAUUAAGAAAGAUACAAAUGUGGAAAGAAAAAUCUUCAGUUUUCUAAGGGUGUAUCCGAGGUUUCACUUAUACAUAAAUAAAUACAGUAAUGGUAAAUAUGAAAAGAUAAAUUUAAAGAGACGAAAAAUAAAAAAUAUAAGUAGAAAAGUGGGAAGACGAGGAAACAAUAAUAUGUACAUGCCGCAAAAAUUAUGGUCUAAUAAAUCAUUAAUUAAGCAUAUGUAUAAAAGUAAAACAAUUAUUGAUAAUUAUAAUAAAUUAAACAAACUGAAAAAAAAAUUUAAAAAAAAAUUAAACAAUAUUAGUCUUUUUAAAUAUAUACCAAUAGUUGAUAAACAUGGUAGUAAAAUAUAUAGUUCUUUAUAUCGGACAUAUUCUCAUAUAUUAUUUAUACUUAUUUCAAUAUUAUAUAUAGAAAACUAUAACAUUUUACAUAUUCGAAAAAAUCAUGACUUAUUUAUGAAUAACGAUAUAUAUAAUACAUAUUAUAUAUUUGUGCACAUUUCAAGUAGUAUUAUAUUAUUAUUAUCAUCCCCUUUGCGUACAUAUCUACACUUUAAUCCGUCUGUUGGAUCCAAGAGGAUAAAUAUUUCAACGAAAAGAGGAAUAACUAGAAGCAUGAACAGCCAAAAAAUUUAUAGAAAUGAAUUCCAGAAUAGUAACAUAUCAAUAGCGAAAGAUGAACAAGAGAAGAAAAUAAAAGGGCAUAUGGAGGAAUGUAAUAUAUAUGUAAACACUUUACUGUGUUUUAGCUAUACUAAUAUUUUAUUGAUAUCUAAAAAGGGAAAUAAUAAGGGAAAUAAAAUAAAAAGAAAUAAAUAUAUAUACGCAUUUUGUAAUUUAAUAGAAAAUAUAUUACAAAAUGUUAUGUUUUUUUAUGAAUUGUAUAAUAGUGCAAAAAAUGGAAAUGAUAUUUUAGAAGUAGAUGAUAAUUUUUCAAAGUUAAAUAAAAUGUGUAAAGAAAAUAACUUAAUAGAAAACUAUAUUCCCAUAAAAAAUGCAUUAAUUUUUCACUCAUUAUUUAAAUAUAUAAUACCAGACAAAUAUUGUAACUAUUUCAAUAUAAGGGAGUCAGAAUUAUAUAAUAUGAAAAAAUGCUCACUUAAUUUAUUUUAUUUUUCUUUAAAUAUAUUAUUAACAACAUUUAACACAGAUAUUUCUAUAAAUAUAGAAAGGUGCUUAUAUAAUAUUAACUAUUUUUGCUAUGAAAAAUUAUAUUAUGAAAUAAUUUUGAGUAAUGUAAAAAAAGUCAUAAAAGGAUUAAAACUUGAUAAUAGAAAAUCGUCUUUUAAUUGUAUAUAUUCAUGUGUGUUGUAUUAUUUGCAUAAAUAUGGAAAAAAUUGUACCAAUUCAUUAAAGGUGGAAACAAGCCAUAACAAUAUAGAACAACGAAAAAAAAAUGAUAAUAGUAAUUGCAGACCUCAAAAAUAUUCCCAAUUACAAGAUUCAGUUUCUUCACUAUAUAAUAAAAUAAAUGAAGUAAAUAAUAUAUUGCACGUGUAUAAAGAUAAUAGCAUAAACGAUGAUGAAAGUGAUGUAGGACGUGAUGUAAAAGGCCAAUCCUAUUUAUGCACAUAUGGGAAAAAAGAAAACGCAAUUUUCGAUAAUGCUAAUACUAAUUACGGCUGUAAAAAUGGAAUACAUGAAUUAAACAAUAGAGAAAAGAUGAAUCGAAGAGAAGUACUUUCUAAAAUAAUAUAUGAUAUGGUUGAACCAUAUAUUGAUAUAAAACAUAUAGAAGUGUAUAACAAAAUAUACAGAAGUCAUGAUUCUAUUAAUAGUCUUAUUAAUAUUUGUUUUUCGUUUUUAUUUAAUAAUUUAUUAUUUUUAAAACCAGUUUAUCCUUUUGAUAUUCCAUCUAAGGAUAAAAAUGAAAAUGAAAUAAAUGAAAAAAAAAAUAAUAAUAAAAUAACAAAUUAUAAUUUUGAUAUAUUUAAUAUCAAAAUGGAUAAAAUGAAAGCAUCAGAAUUAUUUUUAUCGUUAUACAUUCAUAAAUAUAUGCAUAGCAUUUCUUUGGAUAUCAAAAAGCUAGUUGAUUAUAACAUGUUUAUGAACUUAUUUUUUUGGAUGUCAAAUAAAAUGCAUACUACAAUUAAUCAUAGGAAUUAUGUUUAUCUCAAUUAUUCAUUUUAUAAUGUCUAUUACAAAUUUAACGAAUACAAUGUUUUGCAGUUUCUGGUAAAUUUCAAGAGGUCCAAAAGCGAAGGAAAGGAAUUUAUGAUGUCGUUUGUGAAGAUGUUUGAAAAACUUAUUUCUCUAGGUAGCGAUUUAAGUUCUGAUUUUGCAGAUCCGCUAGCAUAUAACGUAUAUUUGGAUUAUAUGAAUGAUUUGUUUUUAAAUGAUGAUUAUUACUAUGUAUGCUUUUGUGACUAUAUAAAAAAUACGUAUAUAGAAGAAAAUGAUUUGAAUCGAAAUGAAUUUGAAUUUUUUAUGACGGAAUUAAAUGAAUUAAAUCCAUUUAAAAUAGGAGAGGAUGUGAAGAAUAAAAUUCAUGAGGGUUUUGGAAUGAAUUACCUAAUUUUAGUAGUCAAAAAAAAACUGUGUGAAGAUAUUUGCAAGUAUAAAAAUAUUUCUAACGAUACCAAUAAUAUAUUAGAAGAUUUAGAUCAUGUUGAUAUAAAUUUAGAUUAUAAAAAUGAAAACAUAUAUAAUUUUGAGAAUAAAAAUGAUUUAAUAUGGGAAUUGAAGGAAUUACACGAGGAACAAAAAAACAAAAAAAAAUUAAUGUUCAAAAGUUUUAAAAAUAGAUAUAAGAUUAAAAUAAAACUAAACAACAACCCAUACUAUUUUAAAAAUAUAUAUAAAUAUUACAGAAACAAUUUAUUUAUUUUAAUUAACAAAAAGAAUAUAGAUUAUUUUGAAAUAAUAAAGGUUAUAAAUAAAAAGGGAUAUAAUCAUUUUAGUAACAUGUUUUUUAGUUACUUUAUACAUAUAUUGAGUGAAGUAAAAUAUGAUUACAGUAGACAAUACAAUUUUAAUAUUCAGAAAAUUAUGGAUAAAUUAAAUAUAGGUUUAAAGGCGUCUUUUUACAAUAAUAAAAAUGUAAUGUUAUAUUAUUAUUUAUUUCAACAGUAUUUUUAUUUGUACAUAUUUUCAGAGUAUAAAUAUUUUUCUGAAUUGGUUUGUUCAGAAUAUUUUUUACUAAACUUAUCUAUGAAGUCAGUAAAUAACUCACUAUACAAUACAGAUGCAUAUAGAAUAUAUUGUUUUUUGAAAUUUUUGUAUAUUAAAAAUAUAUUAAAUCAUACAGACACGCUUUUAAAUUUUUUGAUUUAUAUAUAUUAUAAAUAUUUCUGUUAUCAUUAUAAAGAAAAAGACGAGAAGUUUCCUCAUUUUAUUGACAUGUUUUUAAGUAUCCAUGAGGAAUCGUGUAAUAGCACCCUUUUGUUCGCUAACUAUAAAUCAAAGGAGAUAAAUUUUGAAGCAAAUCUGGAAAAAGGAAGUAUGGUUACAAAAAAUGGGUUAAAUAGUUAUAUUGGUGAAAUUAUAAAAAAUCCAGAAAAUGAAUCAAACCAGGAUAUAUCUACAGAGUCAAAUCCAGCUUACGAAUUCAAGCAUAAUGGUAGUAUGAUUACAGAUUCUAUUUCUAAUAUGUAUAAAAAUGAAGAUAUAAAUAAUGAAGAGAAUGAAAAGGAGAACGAAGAAAAAUAUGUUAAAACCGAUGAGAGGCGAAAUGAAUAUAGUAAUGCGAAAAAUUGUAAUUUGGUUUUAUUAAAUUCUCAGGAUAGAUUUAUAAAUAUAUUGUUUUAUAAAAUAUUAAUAAAUUUUAUAAAAUCAAAAGUAAAUACAUUGAACUCUAAGUAUAUAUUUGAUAAUGCGAAUUUUUAUAUUUCGUCUUAUAUUAAAUAUUUGCUUUUUUAUACAUUUGAAAAAAAAAAUAAAGUUUUUGGUAAUGCAUUAAAAUAUAAAUAUUCCUUUUAUAAUUUUAAGGCAUUAAAAAAAAACUUAAAAUUGUGUCUAUAUAUAAAAAAUUUAUAUUUAAAACAGGACUUGUUCAAUAGUAAUAUAUUAUCCUUCUUAAAUCUAGAAUCGAAUAGAACAAAGAAAAUAAAAUCAGCAAAACGAAUUUCAAAAAACAUGAAACAAGUUAGAGGUGAAUCAAUUGAUGAUUUAGUUCAAAAUAUAAACAUUUAUAAAAAUAAUAGCACUAUUUGCAAAGCUGAGGAGUUUAAUUUUAAUGAUGAAAAUGUUAUAGAAAAAAUAUCUGAGAAAAGUGAAGAAAAAUAUAAUGAAAAUAAAAAUGUUUGUAAUGAUAAUAGCGAGGAAAAUAAACAAUUAUUAAAUAUACUUGGGUGUAUGCAAAAUGAAAAAAAAUACAGAAAGAGAUUAAAUAUAGAAGAUGAAAAUGAUAAUGAUGAUGUACAUAUGACAAAUAAAAAAUUGUGUAUAAAAGAGGAAAAUAUAGAAUUCGACGGCGAAAUAAAAAAUAUAGGAGAUGGAAAAGAUGAACAUAAAUUGAAUCCAACUAUUGAGGAGAGAAAAGAAAGCGAAAUAAUGAAAGCGAAGGAAAUUAUAUCAGGGCAAUCAACAUAUAUAGCAGAUAUUAAAAAAAUUAAAAUAGAAAUCGAGGAAAAUAGUAAAAGUGUGGAUUAUAUAAAUGCUGAUAGUGAAAAGGGGAAAGGAAAUGGACAUAAUGGCGACUUAUCAGACAGUACACCUAAAGAAAGGGAUAAAGAAAAUUUAAAUAAAAAAAAGAAUGAAUUCAAUAUAGGCAAGAUAAAAAUAAAAACUGAAAAUGUUAAUGAGAUAAAUAAAUCACUAAGCAAGUUUAAUAAGGGAGAUGUUUUAAUAAAUUUGUUUUUAGAAAAAAAAGAAAAUGUACAAAAAAAUAUAUCAAUAAAAUAUUAUGUUAAAAUUUUUAAUUUUUAUUUAAAAAAUAGAGUUCAUGAAUAUUAUAUAAAUUCAUUAGAUUUUUCAAAAUUUCAAGAUAAAUCAAUUUAUUUGGUAUUUAUAUUUUUAGGGAAAUUAUUUAAUUUCUUUGCAAAUUCACUUUUAUCAUAUAUUGAUGAUGACAAUUUUAAGGCAUAUAAAAAAAACAAAAUUAUAGUUCGAAACAGAAAUAAAACUGAUCCGGAUUCACUUGAAAAAUAUUAUUCAUAUGAAUAUCUUCUUUUGCAUUUUAUUCUAAUUUCGAUUUGUAACUAUGCGGAUACCUUGUCUUUUUUAUGCAUGAGUUUUAUGGAUAUUAGUCACCUGAGGAAAGAUGAAGAAGAGAGGGAAUUUGAGGAAGCGCAAGGGGUAGAAGAAAAUAGGAGUAUAGAAGAAAACGAAGAAGCCCAAACAGAUGGAGAACAGGAUAAGGAAUGUGAUUCAUGUGAUAAAGAAAAUUCUAAAGGAAUAAAAAAAAUAGAGUUGAUGAAAAACUUGAAAAAUUUAACGAUAAGAAAUUAUACUGAUUUGUGUGAAUCUAACAAUUUCAAAAAAAAUAUAUUUACUUUGAAACCGAGUUUUUUAGAUACAAAUAUUUAUUACAUGUUCAGAAAAAAAUCUAUUGAUAUAAUUAAUAGUGAUAAAGAAAGUGCAAAGAUUAUAAUACCUAUAUAUAAAUUAUUAGUAGCACGAUUAAAAAUAUGUUUAUACAACCCUACAUAUUUUUUCAUUGCUUCUUUAUUUAGCUAUAAAUAUGAUACAAAGUUAUCAAACGUUUUAUUAAAUUAUAUCAAGAGCAGUGAUUUUAAUAUUAAAGACAUUAAAUAUUAUAUUUGUGAAGAAAAUAAAAUGGAAUCACAAUCAGAGUUCCAAUGGGAUAAACAUAAGGAAAUUAAUAAUAAUGAAAAUUCUAAAUGUUUAAACGCAUUGAAGGAAAAUGAUUCUAGAAAAGACAAUAAUAAUUUAGCUAAUAUCACAAAAGAUAAUCCCCAUUCUAAUCGCGAGCAAUUUGGAAGUAUAGUACGUGGGCUUUUUAUGAAUAUGAAAAAGAGAACCUUCAAAGUGGCAUCCUUAUGUCGUGGUAAUGAUAAAGAAGUAGAUACAUCCAAUUCUGAAGCAUUAAAUAGUUACAAUAACAAGAGUAUAAAUAUGAAUGCCCCAGAUUAUGUAAAUUAUUAUAAUAAUUAUCAUGAAGAUACUGAUUUUAAUUAUAAGAAUAUACAAUGUUAUGGAAAUCCUUCAAAUAAUACCGAAAGCGAUGAUGCUGUAGAUAAUAAAAUGGAAUUAUCGAGCCAAACGCAUGGUGAAAAUUUUGCACUAAAUAUAUUAAAUAUGAAUAAGGAAAAUUCAGCAUCACCUGAUAUCAAUAAAAGCAAUAUUAAUAUAAGAAACGAAACAAUAGAUUUAACUAAGGAUAUUGAAAUAGAUGGAAAUAAAUUAAGAGAAGAAGGAACAUAUGAUAUAACAAAAGUAAAAGUGGUAAUAAAUAAUAUUGUAAUAAAAUAUAAGGAUGUUAUUAAUGAUAUAAUUGAAGGAUUAGAUUUUAUAUCAGAAAAUAAAAAUUGUGAAAAUUAUAAUUUUCAUGCUGCUUAUCAUGCAUGUACAUAUUAUUUUUUGCGAAAAAAUUAUGAUAAAUGCAUACAUUAUAUGAAAGUUUUUGUUAUAAAGGGAGCAUUUAAAGUUUGUAAAAUCGAUUCAAUAUACCCAGAUUAUUACAAUUUAUAUUGUAAAAGAAUACAAAGACGUGAGUUUUGUAUAAUUAAAUAUUGCACUCUUAUUUUAGAAGUAAGUAAAAGUGUUUUAACAAAUCUUCUGUUAAAAAUUAACGAUAACAUAUGCUUAGAAUAUAAGAAAUUGCAAGGAAAUAUAUGCUCUGAUAAUUUAAAUGUCGAAAUUAAAAAAAUUUUAUUAGAGGAAAAGUUAUUAAAUAUUAAUAAGGAUGAACAAAAUAAGGAAAACACGAAAGAGUCAAAUUUUGGUAAUAAUAUACCUGACCAAGUAAUGGAUGAUAAAAUUGAUACGAAUAUAAUUCAAGACGAUAGUAAUACAGGGAAAGUGAAAGAAAAUAACGAUGAAAUAAAUUCCCAGAAUAAAGAUACAAAUAUUGAAGAAUGUGACACUAAAGAAAACAGUAUGAACUUAAAUGAUAAAAACAGUAGUGAUGGAGUAUAUUGUAAAAAAAAAACAGAAGACUAUGAAAACGAUCAAAAAGAGAAUAAAUUAUUAAGUAAAGAAAAUAAAUGGGUGUAUUUAGGUUUUGAAAACUUAAACCAUUUAAAUGAAAUUUAUGAUGUAUUAAAAAUAUUAUUUGAAAUAUAUAUACAUAUAGGCAAAAAAAUAAAAAGAUUUAACGACUUCAAAAUAUUAGAAGAUGCUACAGCUAUAUAUGGAUAUAAUAUAUCAAUUGUUAAUGUCCUUUUCACACUUAUUAUUGAGCACUUAUGUUUUAUUUUCGAAGUUCUAUGUUAUUUUACACCACAUGUAUUAGUAUAUCCAAUUAUUUUACUCUUUGGAAGUGAGCUAACAAAUGAUGAUAAUCUUGAGGAAAGUAUAGUUAUUGACAACAAUUCUCACUCGAAAAUUGAAAACAAAAAUAAUAAUAGUAACAAUUAUUUUUACUUAAAUAAAGCAGCGCAUAAUGAAGAAAUAAUGUACAAUAAUAGCGCAUGUGCAACCAUGGACUUACGAAUUUUUAAAUUGUUUAGAGAAUUUAUAGCAAACAAAUCCGCAAUUUUUCCGUCUGAUUUAUCUACAAAAAUGCAUAGUGUGUUUUUAUUACUAUGUAAGAAAUUGUUAUAUUAUCAAAAUAGUGAACAAGACAUGAUAAAAAACAUACAUAAUUAUCAUAUUAAAGGAAAUAAAAAAAAAAAAAAAAGUGUAAUGAAAUUUGUUACAGACGCAAUGAAUAAUCCUUAUAAAACCAAACUUUCAGAUUUUCUAAAUUUAAUGAAAAAUCGUAAAUUUUUAAAUUGUAAAAGUUAUAUAAAAUGUGAAAAUAUUAAAUUUUUAUCAGGUAAAUUGGUUUAUAAUAGUAAAGAUACUGAUAUAAAUAAAAAUUCUUCCGAAAUUAUUCAAUUAGAUGUUACAAGCGAAAAUAAUAACAAUCCAAGUAUAGAAAACACACUACCUACUUUGGGUAAUACAACGAACAAUUUAAAUAAUAAAGUGAAUUCAGAUUUAUUGCAAAGUAAUGAUUCACUAACUAUAGAAAAAGAUAAUGAAAUUUCUAUGUACUAUAUUAAGUUGCAUAACGAUAUGAAUAUAUGCUUAUAUGACGACUUUGAUAUUUUUAAUGAAAUUCGAACCAAGAACGAAGCAUUAAAUUAUGUCAAUUCAAUGCUAACAGAUAAAAACCUAGGAUCGAAAAAAAUGGAUAAUAGUAACUUGAAAAAAAAGAAAACUAUGGAAUCGUCUAUUACAUAUGUUAAGAAUUCGAUACGAGAGCGAGACUUAAGAAGAUUAAAUAGGGAAAAAAGUAAAACUUCGUAA